AUGUCUGAUUCGGUACCUGAGAUAAAUGUAAAAAUUAGCAUCGCAGAACUACAGGAAUCUCUGCACAAGUGCAAAAACUCCAGUCCCGGACCUGACAAGUUACCGAAUAUUUUCAUUAAGAAACUCUCCAUAAAAGCACUAAAUUACCUAUUAGACCUAUUUAACUGCAUAUGGUGUAACAACGUCUUUCCAAAGCAAUGGAGUGAAGCGAUUGUAGUGCCAAUUCCCAAGCCAGACAAAAAUAGAAACCACAUUGGAAGCUAUAGACCUAUCGCUUUAACGUGUUGUUUAUGCAAAUUAAUGGAAAGAAUUAUAAAUAAGCGACUCAGAUGGUUUCUGGAAAGAAACAGACUUCUAUCUAUCCACCAAAGUGGGUUUAGGCAUCGUCGUAGUACAUUGGACAGCCUUGUCACCUUGGAAUCCAGCAUUUGUGAAGCUUUUGCGAAUAGACAUCAUCUUAUUGCAGUCUGCCUCGACAUUGAAAAGGCGUAUCACAUGGUCUGGAGGGAUAGAAUCAUCAGUAUAAUGAAAAACUUCAAGCUAAACGGAAAUAUUUUAAAAUUUACGAUCAACUUUCUUAAAUCUCGGCCCAUUCAAGUUCGUAUCAAUAGUACUUUGUCUGAAAAAACAUUAAUUAAUAAUGGAGUUCCUCAAGGAUCGGUACUGAGUGUUACGUUCUUUCUUCUGGCAAUAGACGAAAUUUCUAGUAUUAUUAAGGCUCCAGUUAAGUGUACCUUGUUUGCUGAUGAUUUUAAUCUAUUCGUUUCCGGUAAAAAUAUCAAAACAUCAGAAGACAUUAUGCAAAAAACCUUAAAUCAAAUCAGUUUAUUCUCAGCUAAAACGGGCCUUAAGUUUUCCGAAUCUAAAUCGAAAGUUAUUGUUUUUAAUAGAAAUUUUUUAGAGCAGGACAAUCCAACCUUACGACUAGGAAAUCAUAUUCUUUCAAUAACCAACCAAAUUAGAAUACUUGGCCUAAUUUUCGACAGCAGGCUUACGUGGGUACCACAUGUUAAGAAGUUAAGAGAUAGUUGCGCUAGGAGCCUUAAUGUUUUGAAAGCAAUAGCUACAAAAAACUGGGGAGCAGACUUUCAAGUUUUAAUUGCAACGUAUAAAGCAUUAAUCAGACCCAAAAUAGACUACGGCUCAAUGGUGUAUAGUUCGGCGAGCGCGGUUACACUUAAGAAGCUGGACACAAUUAACAGCAGUGCUGCAAGAAUAGCAACUGGAGCUUUUUGCACUAGCCCUAUUUACAGCUUACUAAGUGAGGCAAACCUUGUUCCGUUGAACUACAGAAGAAUGCAACUUACACUUUCGUACGCCUUAACUAGUGCUGCAUCCCCGUUUAACCCAACGAAAAAGAUCCUCUUUUCAAACUUUAUUGAUCUCUUGGACCGGAAAUCCAAAUUACCGAAACCAAUUAAUAUUCGUAUUCUCCAAAUAUUAAAAAAGUUAAAUAUGACAUUAGCUGAUACCCUUCCAUGUGAAGAGUUCAAAACACCUCCCUGGCUUUUGAAAACUCCAAGACAAAUAACCUUCGAUCAUUCUUCAAAGAAAAAUGAAAACCAAGAUUUUCUCAAGUCUUUAUUUCUGGAAAGCGCCAGCCGAUAUCCUGACUACAUAAAAAUCUAUACUGAUGGGUCUAAAACCAAGCAUGGAACUGGUUGUGGAAUUGUAACACCUGUUGGUGAUAGGCAAUGGAAACUUCCAGACGUUUUCUCAAUUUUCUCCUGUGGGGCAUAUGCAGCAUUGGAAGCAUUGAAAUACAUAGAUGAAGUUAACAACAAAGAUAACAAAUAUGUUAUUUAUACAGAUUCCAUGAGUACUCUUGCAGCUUUAAGAACUUUCAACUCAGGAAAUUCAAUUAUCAAUCAAAUUAUUGAAACAUAUAAUGCAAUUUUAUCUAAUAAAGCUGCAGAGAUCCUUUUUGGAUGGAUCUCGUCCCAUCUAGGAAUAAGAGGGAACGAGAGAGCGGACCAAAUCGCUAAAGAGGCUGCCAAUCAACAGUGUCAAAGUCUAAGUGUACCAGCUUUUCAUAAGGACAUUCUAGUAUCUCUCCUCAAAACUGGUCGAAAGAACAUCAUGUCUCAAGAUGCGAGCAACUUCGAUGCAUGUAACUUGACCAACGUGAAACUUUAUCUAAACUCUGACUUUUAUCCAUACGAUGACUUGAAUCUCGAUUUUGAUAAAAACAGAUAUGCUAUUCUUUUUUAUAUUUUCAAAGAUAUUGUUGCGAUGGUACCAACGUUUGUCGACAUACAAGGAUUCUUCCACAACGACAAGUUUGUCGUAAAGGAAGUUGCAGUGCUGAGAAAAGGAAGCAUUCUCGCACCCUAUAUAUUCCAAAGACCAUUUACUUGGAGUGCGUUGUCUGUAGCCGAUAAAUCCCAGGCUGCUUGGGUGGCGAACAACGUCCAUGGAUUGUCAUGGAAUGAGGAUGGUUUCGUUCCACACCACGAAGCAAAACAAUUGAUUGCAGCGGCAGUUGUGGGUGACGAUCCAA